AUGAUAGGGUCUUCUGCGACCACCGUGUCAUGCUCAAAUGAUGUUUGUAGUCGUGCCAACGAGCGCUGGGACGAGGACCGCCUCGCCGUUGCCACUCACGUGCAGAGUUUGUUGGUUGCGAUCCGCUCCAAUGAGAGGUUUGGCGCCAAGGCGCGUUUCUUAGGAUCGAGUGACGUGGUAGAACAUGUGCUGCUGCGCCGUCUCCGGGCUUUACAACGCAAGAUCGUGACUCCAUGUUUGGUGCGCCCGAUCACGGAGGAGGCGAUUCUGCUCCCGUUCUGCGACAUAUGGAUAAGUGAGGAGAUGAGUUACACCAUAAUUGGCACGGCAAUGACUUCUUUAUCGAACUUGAUUGAUCUUAGGUGCACCUUCAUUACAGUGAAGGGGAUCCAGAGGGUGUUGGAGCUGGCCCAGCGGUCUGUUGGUGGUUCCGAAGAUGACCUUACCUAUGAGGAUCUGUUGCUGAGGAAGCUGAAGUUGUGCGUGAGUUGUGUGAAGCAUCCGUGCGCGCGUGCGCUUCCUGAGACCUUCUUUGUCGACGUCGUACGCCUGGCAUUCGUGAUAGCCAUGCAUCCGGACACGAGCUUGCUGCUCCGUUGUAUUGCUAAGGAGGCUAUGAAAGACACUGCGACGGCGAUGUACGGCUUUAUAAUUGAGAAUAUUUCUUCGUAUAAUUUGGGUCAAGGCAGCACCGAUGGCGUUGAGAACUUUCAAGCCCACGAAAGUUGUGUCGAUUUUCAGCUCACGGGCGUUCCCAUGCUUCGCUAUGUAUGUAGUCUCAUCGAUGGAACUGUCAGUGAGAUCAAGGAGGGCCGUUUUAGUCCGGGUAUGUUUGGUUCGGCAGCGGAUUCCUCACUCGUCAGGAAGGUUCAACUGGAAGGCCUGCAUUUAGCGCAGUCUAUUCUUUUCGUCGUCAAGGAUCAUUUGUGCAUGCCGGAGUGCGGGAAUUUGCUUUACAGCGUGCAGCACAAUCUUUGUAGGGCUUUGUUGGUUGCUGGAGUGGGGACGGAGGACAUCGGUCUUCUUUCUCAGAUAUUUCCAACGGUGCACACCGUCGUGAAGGUAGCUUCAUUUCACCUGCUUCCGCAAACCUAUUCGUUUUUGAAGGUGCUUCAUCUGGAUCCGCUUGUGCGCAUUGGCAGCGAUCUAAACACAAAUUCGACGUCCAGCCGAGUUGGCUCCGUCACAACAUCCUCUCAGCGGCCGAGUCCGGCUGCUCAAAUGAGCGUGUCAAAGAUGCUGGAUCUUUGUGAGAAGCGGGAGCUUAUUUUGGAAAGUCUAGUGGGGUUCUGCACGGACGCGAACUUUGCCGUAUUUUGCUACGCACAGUAUGAUCUUUCGCGACGCUUUCUUCCACUUCUAGAGCAUAUGUGUAGCUUGUUGGUGGAGAACUGUUUCAAUAUCACUAACUCGAACGUGCCCCUGGAGGGUGGAAAGCCUGGUCACAACGGGCUUACAAAUGAUGUAGAGGUUGGGACACCGUUGACGAGGAUGGAUGCGCUUGCCCUCGAGGCAAUCAAGGGGCUGUUGUGGCAGGUGUCGCAGGUUGCUCCACCACAGCGGUUUCAUGGGGACUCAAAUAUGGCGGCCAUGAUUAACGCGCGUAUAACCGAGAAGAAUAUGCUCGUAGAGCUCGCAUCUCUUUUUCGCACUAACGCUCUAAAGAGCGGCAUCCCUUUUCUUCUUGAGAAAGCCAUCCGCUUGCCAGCUGGAUCCUUGAAAGGGGUUGAAACGGGCAGUAUUGGCUGUGAUGUGCCAAUGCUGAUCCUCGAAGAACCUGCUGGUGGGCGUGAGGUUGGCGCCUGUCUGUACCGUUUGAGUGGUCUUCUUGAUAAGCGUGCGCUAGGCGACUACCUGGGGGAGUUGGGCCGGGAACCACCCGAGCCGGAUCCGGAUGAAGGUGAGCAUUACCAAGCGGCCCUAGCGGCUUGGAUGGAAGACCGAAAGGACGACCACUUGAAGCUUGGCACAGUACGCUAUCACCAAGAGCAAUUAAAGGGUUUCCUCCAGUCAUUUGAUUUCCGUGGCAAGUCCCUGUUGUCAUCGAUACGUGAGACAGCCUAUCAUAUGUGCAUGCCAGGCGAGGCCCAGAAGAUCGAUCGGGUUAUGGAAGUGUUUUCCAGAACCUGGUUGGAAGCCAACCGCGGGGAGGGGAAGGAUAUCAAUCCCUUUCAGAGCGAACAAGGGCCAUUCAUUUUAGGUUUUUCACUCAUCAUGCUUAACACCGAUCAACACUCAGGGAAAAUGAGUAAACCAAUGACCCAAGAGGACUUCCGACGCAUGCACCGUGAUAGUGACGGUGGAGGCAGCCUCCCCGAAGAGUACCUGAGGGCCGUGUUUGAGGAUGUGAAGGCGCAUCCAAUUAUCAUGGCGGAGAUGAUGGAUGUCGGCUUUUCAAAUGACGUCACGUGGCGCUUAGAGAUGCGGCCAUCCGAAGCUGUUGAGUCAAGGAAAUCGGACCCGUUUACGAGGGUAUCAAUGCAGGCAGUGUCGCCAAACGCUCUUGAAUCUUGCGAGGUGGAGGCACUUCGGCCGUUUAUCUUACGUAUGAUAUGGAGUUAUUGCCUUACCGCCUUCGGCAAUACUUUAGUGGGUUGCACAAAGUCGGUGUUCGCCACCCAAAAGGAUAGCACGCAGGAGACUGGCGCCGAAGGCGGCGACGUGAUUCCCCAGCUUGCCACGCCUGAGUACGCGUACAACUGUGCACUGGACGGAUUAUGUCUUCUGGCUAAGGCAGCGAGGGACCGUGGCAUGGCCUCCGUCGUUGAUCGCGUCAUCCUCACCAUUCUGUCCCAGUUGCCGCUUGACUUGGAGAACGUUGGGAGCACAAUUCCACAACUUUCCACUCAGCCUUCCGCCCUACUCUGCCUUGAAAAGGUGUUUCGUGUGCUCGAUGAGUGUGUUCACGACGUCCUCGAUGCUUGGGAGAAGUUGGGCCGGCUUUUUUCAAACUUCUUUCUUCUUGGCAUGUUUUCCCGCGAUGUAGUCGACUCGCCGGAGACUGUAACGCUUCGGGCUGAGUUGUACGCUAAUCCCUGUGCUGGUGCCGAGGAAAUCGGUGACACACAACCAGAUGGCGGGUGGCUCUCCACACUGUGGGGCUCCCCAAACACUCAGAACCGCACGAAGGAGCUUCGUUUGCAGAGGGAACAGGAAACCAUGGAACGUGUAAAGGCUCUUCUCCCAACUUUGGAAGAACUUCUGAAUAUGAUUGAUGGGCUUGAUGUCGACUCACACGGGAGGUUUUUUUCUGUGCUUUGCGAAGAAGUGCGACAUAAGCUGAGGCAGAAAGAUGGCGGGAGGUUAUCCACUCAUUUGUUGGUACUCAUUACAGAAAUUGCCGUGCGCCGUCCUGCGGAGCAGACCAUAUUGGAUCGCUACAUAAAAUUAUGCCAACAAACAGCUUCACAUUACUUUACUGCCCACGAACAUCUUGACGAUGCUGAUUUGUAUCGCAACAACAUCAGUGAAGACGGUGAGAGCAGUAGCCGUCUCUAUGCCCCGACCACCGAGAGGUUUGGGGUUUCUUUCGGAGCCGGUGCCUCUCCCGCGAGUUUUGACUUCUUUGAGGAGUGGUUGACAUCGACAACGCGCGUCGUCAAGGCAGUACUCAGAGCUCUUGUCUGCUUCGCGUCCAAUGCGGAAUCUCGGCAUGUUUUUUCACCCCUUCUUGACUUGCUGAUGGCCGCACCACCGAACGUAUUCAAGGUUGCCGUCGCCGCUGACCUCUCACUUACUCUACUGGAGUUAACUCAGGAGGCCCCUCGGCUGGUUAACCCACCAUAUAACCUUUCGCUUAAUGGAGUACUUUCUGCGCUCUCCCUUUCCUUUACCACGUGCCCCAGCCCCGUUGUCCAAAAGCGCGUUCAGAGUGCUCUCUCCUUUGUGGUGAGGGAGGCACUUUAUGAUUCGUUAAGUGAGAGUGAUGAUAUUGUGAAUGUGUUAGUGACGUGUGCUCUUCAGUCGUCCAGGAUGCAGGAGGAAUAUCCUGCUUCUGCCGAUACAACAUGGCCCCGGACAAAUGUGAAACCCUCCGAUGUACCUGAACAAGGUGAACUCGUAGAAAGUUUUAUUGGGAGCCUGGUGACUGUGUGCCAUCGCUUCGCGAUAAAUCACGCGUUAAGAGAUGCCCCGGCUGACAACGCGAAAGGACCUGCUGUGUGGAUUAUUGCACUGAAGGGGCUCUCCAACUUGGUUGUUAUGUCUCGUCACAGCAGGGACCGGAACAUGGCCCUGUUGUGCCUACAACGUUGUUUACUAGACUUGGAAAUUGGUUCGCUGUCCGCGGAUACGGUGGUCCUGGUGUACGAGAACGUAAUAUUCCCCCUCGUGGAGCAGACUUGCGCAUCACCUUCAGACUCCCCUGCAACUCUCGGGGAACGGUGUGAUCAAAAUGAUGGGUGCCAAGGUGGUCACGCCACCGAUAAGGUUCUUCCUCAAAUUCUACCCAAACAGUUUUCGGUAACUAGUAUACUAAGUUCCCUUGCCCCAGCUCCGCCGUCGCGCCGGGCUGCACAGUCCGCUGCUGCUGCUGCCGCCCAGCGAUCACAAGGCGGCAGGGACAAACACCGGGAAGUGGUUGAUUUGAAGUGUCGUGUUGUGUCUCUACUUUCGAAAGUGUUCCUCCACUAUGCAAAGUUAAUGGGAGAAAAUCCCGUAGUCCUACGGGAUUUGUGGCAGCGCGUGUUGGGAACGCUGUGCGCCCUCUACACAUCUUUAUCUGAGGAGUCAGGGACUGGUUUACCCGGCGGCGAGGCCGCGACUUUGGAUGUGCCGGCUUUUAACGGGCCGCGAAGGAUUGGAGCUAUGGCGGAGGAUAACGCUGUGCUGCGUGAAGCCAUACAGGAGGCAGUGAAGAACAUGAUCUACGUUCUUGCCUCUAUUCUGGUAGGGACGGGAUCAACUUUGGAGGCAGUAGAGGCACAGCAGUUUUGGACGUCUACGAAGAAUCUUCUGCGCACCUUUGACUUUGCAGAGCAGUUGCUAGUUUUCAUUGACAACCUUGAGGGUACUUGA